AUGCGCGCGCUCGCCCUCGGCGCCGCACGACCGGCCGCGGCGCUCCUCGCUCGAGGACGACGACGACGACGGGGGCGGUCGGAUUGGACGGCGGUCGUGCGGGCGAAUUGGCGCGCCGACGUCGAGUUCGCGCGCGCGCGCGUGCGGGCGAACGAUCUCGAGGCGACGACGUCGAACGGGACAGCGCUCCGUAAGCUGACGCUUGAUGUCGGUCGGGAGGACGCGAAGGCGUUCGCGCGCGCUGGGCAAUUCGUCCAAGCGCGGACGUCGUCGGAGACCGCGGCGGCGUUCAUCGCCAUCGCGAGCGCGCCGGGGGAAUUCGACGAUGGGUUCGAGUUGUUGAUCAAGGCGCAGGUGGGGAGCGCGGCGAACGCAAUCGCGGACGUUGACGCCGGCGGCGAGCUCGAGGUGACGGUGGCCAUGGGGAAGGGGUUCGAUGUGAGCUCGGUGAGCGGGAAGAAGAAGGCAGUCUUGAUCGCGACGGGGAGCGGUAUCUCGCCGAUUCGAUCGCUGUUAAGAAGCGGCGCUCUGGACGGGGCGGAGAGCACGCUGUAUUACGGGACGUCGAACGAGAAGGCGACGGCGUUUUUGAAGGAAUCGGAAUCGUGGCCGUGUGAGAUCGUCCGGGUGUACUCAGAGGAUAGCGGGAAGUACGUGCAGGACGUCUUGCGCGAGGACGUGGCGAGCGGUAAGAUUGACGCAUCGGAGACGUUCGCCGCGCUGUGCGGACAAAAAGAGAUGACAAUGGCCGCGAUCGAGAUCUUGACCGGCGCCGGCGUUCCUCGCGAGGCGUGCCUGAUGAACUUUUAA